AGGAGAGUUUGGACUGCAUAGUAUUCAUAAUACAGCCUCAAUUGUGCAAGUCCACGCGUGUAUUAUGUCUGGGAAUCAUAGAAAUAAGGAGAACAUCAAGACCGUAAACACGCCGCAAUUCCCAGUAGACAGUCCACGUAUAAUGAAAAACACGUGGGAUUGUUAUGCCAUCGCUAUGACCGAGGCUGGGCUGAAGUUUCGAAAUAGAACAAGUCCAGAUGGAUUUUGUAACACACUUUUUGCCUUCGAGGCCCGCAUGUAAUUGGGAUUUACUCGGAAUUUCCUUCGGCGAAAGAAGUAAUAUUCCAUAAGGCCGAGAUACUCCUUUACCCUAGGUACCCAUAAUUCUUUAAGGAGUUGUUGGUCUUGAGAUGUCAUUCCUUUUAUGUCAAUCUACAACCCACCUCAUCUCACAUCUUAGAUCCCACAACCUUUUCCACCCGAUGUAGACGGUCUAGCCUAUUGAAAAGCCACUUGCUAGCGUCAUCUAAACGUGACCAACAAUGGCAACUGCCGAAGCUUUCACCUUGUUAUCCAUAGGCCUAGUCAUCAUUGGCUGUCGGGUAUGGGCGCGAUGGGUUCUAGUAGGGCCUGCCAACUGGCAGCUGGAUGAUUAUCUCAUGCCACUUACUGGUAUCGUCUUCGCGCUCGAAACAGUGGCGGCGUAUCUGGUGGGGGCACUCUUCGAUGGUCUUACGAAUAGUUACAUGACGGAUGAGCAACGCGCCACCCUAGAUCCCAACUCAAGAGAAUACUUCAACCGACAAUGGGGGUCUAAAAUUCAAGUUCUCGGCUGGUCCCUCUACGCAUUCAUGCUUUGGUUGUUGAAAUUCUGCGUCGCGGUAUUCUAUGGGCGUCUGACAUCCGGGUUGAUGAACCUCAAGAUACGAGUGCGAAUCGCAUAUGUCCUUCUAGCUGUGACAUACAUCUUCGUCUGCCUUUCGCUCCUCAUAGGUUGCCAACCCAUGGAAAAGCAUUGGCAGAUUAAUCCAGACCCUGGGAAUCUUUGCCAGCCGACAAACUCGAAGUUGAGCGUGUAUGCGGUGGUCGUACCGAAUAUCGUUACCGACGUAUACUUGCUCUCUAUUCCGCUACCGCUUCUAUGGAUUGCAAAUAUCAGCAUGCGACGCAAGCUCACGUUGAUGAUACUGUUUAGCGGCGCCAUUUUCGUCAUGGUUGCGGGGAUUAUCAGAGCGGCCACAAUUCUAGGGGCUGGUCCAGAAGGCGCAUUGUCUGGAAGCGAAUGGGCAUGCAGAGAAACAUUUGUCUCGUUAAUCGUCACGAACCUCCCGAUCAUCCACCCGUUCCUUCGUAAGGCUGCAUCAAAAGUCGGUCUCAGCGGCCUAUUCAGCCGAUCGACACGAAGUAAGACCGGUCCAAGUGGCCCAAGCCAUCAAUUAGGGAGCAAGCCAGCUACGAUUGGGGGUUUCGGGCGUUCGCGAAACAAAGCCAACCAUCCUCUUUCAAUUCCACAGGAGACAGCGUGGGGGAGUGAUGAGCACAUCUUGCCGCAGGAGGCGGGCAGAAAUAGACAACUACCAGACAGCUCGAGGGACAUUGUUGUGCUGAAGGAGUUCACUGUUACAUCGGACAGCAAGGAAGUUCCUUAAAAAGCAAAUGGUGGUGAUUAAGAGGCGUUUUGUCAUUUGGGGGUAGCCUUUGCUUACUUUCUAUCUCCGAGCUAAUAGAAAACUGUAUAAUACACGGUGCGGUCUAGCACUAAAAAUAAAACGAUAAAAUGGAUUCGAAGACUAACCGUCUCUUGUUAGGGUAACUUCUGAAGUACCUGGUUGUUUCUUAUAUUUCAUGUAAUGAUAUAGCCUGGAGCUAGUAGGUUCAGUUAAUACACAAGCGAAUCUCUAUUUGAGGACAAUCUCCUAUUUCGAGUAUUUAAUACGACGAGACGCCAGAUCGGCGCGCGACUCUGUAAGCAAAUGUAAAUUUACAUCUCAAUUUUACCAAUCAGUUA